AUGAAAUGGUUAGAUGAUCAGCCUCCAUCAUCAGUUGUAUUUCUCUGUUUUGGAAGCAUGGGUAGUUUUGAGCCUGACCAGUUAGCAGAGAUGGCACUUGCACUCGAGUGGAGUGGAUACAGAGUCUUGUGGUCAGUCCGGUUAUCAAAGGCCUAUACAAAAGGGACAGGUGAGCAUUCCAAUAUUUCUGAAAUGUUGCCACAAGGCUUCUUAGAGCGCGUCCAAAAUCGAGGAUUGGUGAGUAGUUGGGCACCACAAAUGGAGGUGCUGGCUCAUGAAGCAGUUGGGGGAUUUGUAUCUCAUUGUGGCUGGAACUCUAUACUAGAAAGCCUGUGGCAUGGGGUGCCUGUUGCAACAUGGCCUGUAUAUGCUGAGCAACAAAUCAAUGCGUUCGAGUUGGUAAGAGAGUUGGAACUGGCUAUGGACUUGAAAAUGGAUUGUCGAAUGGAAAAUGCAAAGAAUCUUGUAGUGGCUGAGGAAAUCGAGAAAGCUAUCAGAUGCUUGAUGGACACAGAGAAUCCAACAAGAAAAAGAGUUCUAGAAAUGAAGGAGAUAAGCAGAAAGGCCAUUGAAAAAUUUCAUUUUCCAAAACACUAA